ACGCGUGCUAGACGGGAUUUACGGAAAACCUAAGAACAUUCUCUAUUACGCGCGACUUGCUCUCGCUACACGAAAGCAAAACAGUGGAGAGACAAUAGACUCUUAUAUUCAAUCCCUGAAACAAUUAUCUAAAGACUGUGACUUCACUGCCGUCGAUAGCAAUACAAACCGGGACGACAAUAUCCGUGAUGCCUUCAUAGCAAAAAUCUCUUCAACUAAAAUAAGAGAAAGGCUUCUUGAGAACCUGAGCCUAACAUUGGAUGAAGCGCACAACCAAGCUCGCUCCCUAGAGAUGGCAGAAGUCAACACAUUACAUUACAACAACACCCCUGUGAAUGCGACUAUUGAAAACAUACGGAAUACUGCUGGCCCAAGCGAAAACUCUUCCGCUGCCACGCCAGCCUUGUCGUAUCGCUCGAAUAGAAGAUGUUUCUUCUGCGGAGGACGUGUACAUCUACGCAAGACCUGCCCCGCAUUCGAUGCUUCUUGUCAGCUUUGCAAUAAGAAAGGACAUUUCGCUAACGUUUGUCGUAGCAAGAAUCAAACCAGCGCUGCAAUACCUGAUACGAAUAACGUCAGUGCCAGUAUCGUCGCUGCAUCGCCAUCGUCGUUACGCAGAACAACGGUACCUACGUACAUCAACGGUAUCAAAGCUGAAGUAUUGCUAGAUACUGGCAGUGCCAAGAGCUUUAUGGAUUCUAAAUUUGCCAACUUAUGUUCCUUGACAAGUAAGCCCAGCCAGCAGACAAUAUCCAUGGCCUCUCUAAGUUAUAGUUCGCCAGUUGCAGGAGAAAUAAGUAUCGAUCUUACAUUGGGCAAGCAUUCAUAUGAGGACGUACGGCUACUGCUAGUGGAAUAUCUGUGUUCAGACGUCAUUAUAGGCCUCGACGUAUUGGCUCAACAUUCUUCUAUCGAGUUCGAGUUUGGCGGCCCGAGAGAACCCUUAGUUGUCUGCAAUGUGGCUGUAGCGUCCGUGCCUGCAGUACCUUUAUUUGCAAACCUAACUCCUGGAUACAAACCGAUUGCCAUCAAGUCUCGACGGUACAGUGAUGACGAUCGACGCUUUAUUGAGGAGGAGAUACAUAAUCUUUUAAAGGAAGGUAUCAUUGAAGAAAGCAGGUCACCGUGGCGAGCGCAGGUACUAAUUACGAAAUCUACAACCCAUAAGAAACGUCUUGUAGUCGACUACUCAAGAACUAUUAAUCAAUAUACUGAACUAGAUGCUUACCCGCUUCCUUCCAUUGAAGAAUUAAUUUCAAAAGUAGCCAAAUACUCCGUCUUCAGCGCUAUAGAUUUGAAGAGUGCCUACCACCAGGUGCCAAUUGCCAGAGGAGAGACAUUUACUGCGUUCGAAGCUGCCGGAAAUCUUUACCAAUUCUGCCGUAUCCCUUUUGGUGUUACCAAUGGUGUUUCUAGCUUCCAGAGAACCAUAGAUUGGCUUAUUCGGACAGAAAAUCUAGCAGGCACAUUUGCCUAUCUCGACGAUAUAACAAUAUGUGGCAAGUCACCUGAAGAGCAUGAUACAAAUUUGCAAAACUUUCUAACAGCUGCUAAAAAGUACGGUCUGACACUCAAUGAAACCAAAUCUACUUUUAAACAAUCUGCCAUUAAUAUACUUGGCUAUACGAUUGCUAAUAAUGUUAUCAAAAUUUGGCAUAUUCCACUGAAGAUAUAAGGAACAUGACGAACCAAUGUCGCAUCUGCUCAGAAGUUAAGCCUAGAUUCUCUAAACCAGAUCCACAAAAUAGACUCAUAAAAGCUGUAGCGCCAUUUGAAAGACUGAGCAUGGAUUUUAAAGGACCCGUACCAUCCAGAUCAAGCAACAAAUACAUUUUAACAGUGAUCGAUGAGUAUUCCCGAUUUCCGUUUGCCUUUCCAUGUUCUGACAUAAGCGCCAAAACUGUUAUUAAACAUUUAGACAGCAUUUUUAGUAUGUUUGGCAUGCCAGCCUACAUACACUCCGAUCGAGGGACAUCUUUCUUGUCGGCAGAGGUGAAGGACUUUUUCAACUCCAGAGGAGUAGCAACAAGUCGUACAACGCCAUACAAUCCGCAAGGAAAUGGUCAAGUUGAGAAACUGAAUUCUACCCUGUGGAAAUCUAUUCAGCUAGCGCUAGCGCUGAAGUCUAGAAACUUACCAAUAGAAUGUUGGGGGGAUGUUCUUCCACAAGCGUUGCAUUCGAUACGUUCGCUGCUAUGCACACCUACGAACUGCACGCCACACGAGAGGAUGUUCCGCCAUCCGCGAAAAUUAGCAAACGG